GAAGCUGUCGGUGAGAAAAACGGCUCCAGGAUCCCUGAAUCCCACCGGAAUGCGCAAGAGUGGCGGUACUGGGUCGGACCAGGGUCCUGCCAGUUUUGCCUGCUGUCUCUGACAAUGGCUGGUAUCGGAGGCGCAGAGAAGAGCAGACAAGGGGUGGUGUGUCCCCGUAUGCUUUCCCAGGCCCAAGCAAUCUGUGACUUCAGAAAGUCCCGAACUAGACAUGUGAUGUCUCGAUAUCUUGCAGCUCUCUGUGUAUUUUUUGGCCUUCCGAAGUUGUGUACGUUUUAGCAUCCAUGACAGCUUGCAGCAAGGAGCUCCACAGCUUAUUUAGCUGUUUUGUGAGCCGCCGCCUCCUUUGGUUUGCUUUGAAGCUGCCUUCUAGUAGAUCACUGGAUGUCAGUAGUUCUUAAUUUAGAACAGACGGUGCAGGAUGGAUCCCUACCUACCCCACAUGCCACUUGUGUUUUUACAGUCCUCAGUGAUAUCCUCUAUCAGCUGUACCUUCUUCCAGCAGAAUGGGCAGUUGAGUCAUCUCCUAUACAGAAGCUAUUCUGUGCCUUUGAUCAUUCAAAUCAUGCCUCUGUAUCUUCCUCAGCUCUACAGAAAUCUUCCGUUUCUCUGAAACGGGGGAUCUGUCCUCCCCCUUGCACACAGUCAGGAUGUGGGGUUUGAGCAGCAAGGCAGAAUUACAUUCUCUUUUAUUCUCUAUUUUUUUCCUAACAAUCCCUAACAUGUGACUAGCUGUUUUGUCUGCCUAGAAGCUGCAGUUUUCAUCUGUCUGCUCUAACUCCAAGGUGCUAUUCCUGAAUGAUACCAAAAACAUCCUAGGCCCGUCCUGGUAUAAGUGCAAUGUAUAGAGGCUGUUCCCCUCUGCGGUUCUUUAUGUUUACCUGCAGCGAAUGUCCCCUGUCAUUCCCCUGUCACCUUGUUGGUCAGUAUCAAAAGCUCUGCCACAGUUUAUCUUUAUAGUCAGCCUUUGUGUCUUUAACCCUGAAUGACACAGAAUCAUCAGCGAUGGUUCCACCUCCCCUUCCCCUUCCUUACCACCUUACUGAGGGUCAUUCAUCCCACGGCAGCUUAGUUUAUCAGUUUUGGUGAGGGACAAAAGUCUUUUAGGAGUGCCUUUGGACUCCAGAUCUCCCUUUUGCUAAUAUUGGUGACGUCUCUGAAGAACUCCAAGUGGUUUGUGAAGUAAGACAUCUCUUUCCAAAGGCCGUGCCAGCUCUUCCCAAGUCUGCCCUCUUUGGCCAUCUGUCCAUUGAUUCUCUUGCUCCAAUUUCUGUUUGUUUGCUUGGAAUGUUGGGCCCCAGAUCUCCCCUCGAGCCCUGGCAUCACAUCAGCCACCUUCCAGUCCCCCACCAGUGAGGUACCACAGUCAGGAGUCCGGCAGUGUUGUGAGGUCGUGUGAACAGCCCUGCUGGGUUAGACCAAAGGUCUGUGUAGCUCCGAGCCCUGUCUCGGGGAUUCAGGGACUGCCUAGAAGUGGCUGCCCGGGAGGGGGAUAAGACAAUCAUACAGUGACACCUCCCCAGCACAGUCUACCAUCAUCCAGCAGCCUGAGGCUUCCUCAUGAUGGUGGUGUGUUAUUUUUAAUACUUCUCAUGGCUUUCUCUUCUGUGAACUCUUGAAUUCAGUGCCGGAGACGAUUGCUGUGUCCUCCCGCUGCUGUGAGACAGGCCAGAGCAUCAGCCAAAACUCCUUCUGCUGCUGGCUUCUCUUGAGAAAGACAGUUCCAAGGGUACAUUUAAGGCCUGGAUGGAGUAGCUGCAGACAAAUGGAAAUGCCUUCAUGGUGAAUAGCAAAGUUCCAGUUUCUGUUCCUCUCAAGGGAUGAUUUUAAUGAAAACUAUAUGAGGGAAGAAGUGGCAUCACUACCACACCAAACUGCCACAGAAGCUGAAGAUGGGAUUGUGAGCAAGGAGGAGAAUGCCCACCAAGGCAUCCCCGGGCCAGUGGAGCCUGAGGGUUUACUCUCAGGACGCUCCAAGGAGAACAGUUCCCAGAGUCCUGCACAGGACCUAGUCCUCCCACGCAGGUCGGAAAGGGUUCAGAGACCUCUGGAGAAGAGGCAAAGCCGAGUGAUGCUGCGUGGAAAAAGUUUCAGGAGGCUGCCAGAUAUUAUCCAGCAGAGAAAUCCUUCUGUGGGGAGACUGACGAUAUGUGGGGACUGUGGGAAAAGCUUCCGGGUGAGCUCCAACCUCGUCCAGCAUCGAAGAAUCCACACUGGAGAGAAACCCUUCGCCUGCGCCGAGUGCGGGGAGAGUUUCCGGCAGCGGUCACAUCUCAUCCAGCACCAGAGAAUCCACACAGGGGAGAGGCCCUACGAGUGCUCCGAGUGUGGAAAGAGCUUCAGCAUGAGCUCGAAGCUGAUCCGGCACCAGGUAACUCACACUGGGGAGAAGCCCUACAAGUGUGCCGAGUGUGGGAAGAGCUUCUCUGGGAACUCGCAGCUCGUCCAGCACCAGCGAGUGCACACUGGGGAGAAACCCUAUGAGUGCAGCAACUGUGGGAAGAGCUUCAGCGUGAGCUCAGCCCUGACACGACACCAGCGGGUCCACACCGGAGAGAAACCCUAUGAGUGCGCGGAGUGCGGGAAGAGCUUCAGCCAGAGCUCCGAGCUCAUGAAGCACCAGCGGGUCCACACUGGAGAGAAGCCGUACGAGUGCUCCGAGUGCGGGAAGAGCUUCACCGUGAGUUCAGCCCUCAUCCAACACCGACGGUUCCACAUGGGUGAGCGCCCCUAUGGGUGCACCGAGUGUGGAAAGAGCUUCACUGUGAGCUCCCACCUCAUCCAGCACCGCCGCUUCCACACUGGGGAGCGUCCCUUUGAGUGCACAGAGUGCGGGAAGAGCUUCCUGUGGAGAUCAGCCUUGCUUCGGCACCACCGGGUCCACACAGGGGAGAGGCCCUACGCCUGCGCUGACUGUGGGGACAGCUUUCGGCAGAGUGCCCAUCUCAUCCAGCACCGGCGCAUCCACACCGGGGAGCGUCCCUACGCCUGUGUCGACUGCGGGAAGGGAUUCACCGUGAGCUCUGCACUCCUCCGGCACCAGCAGAUCCACAGGGUUGGGGAGCCCUAGGAGGGGUGAGAGUGUGAGUGUGGGGAGCAGUUAGGUCUCAUACCCUGGGGAGCAAAGCCCGGUGUCUCUCUUCCUUUGCUCUAUUGACCGCCCUGCUUGCAGAUGGUAAAAGCAAUUUCUUUCUGGGAGAACAAGUCCUAAACGAGAGAGAUGGAAGAAGGGGAGAGUUUGUGGAAGGAGCUGAAUUGGAGGUUUGGGGAAGAGCCUGUGAUGCAGCAGGGGAUGGAAGUGGUGUUCGGAGGGAUAGCUUUUGGGAGAGGGAGAGAAAGGAAGUAGUUUGAAAAGGCUGGAAUGUACAUGAUGGUGUAUUUUAGAGGAAGGUAGAUACCUUGCCUUUUCUCUGUGCACACACGUUUUGGACAAUUUAGAGUGAACUAAACGGACCAUCUUCGAGCCUGCAACGCUCUGACUACGUAACAGCUCUUGCAUUCCCUCCCUGCCACUGCUUUCUUCAGACGCUCCGAAUCGCCUUCCUCAGUCCGUGGGCUGGGCCUGUGGCAGAGAGAAGCCCAAAGCCUGGUGCCCCUCAGCCCCUGUGUCCUGGGGCGGGCCGCGGGCAGAGGCCGGCAGUCCCAGCGAGGCUCAUCGCUGCGUGGGUGUGUGGUACGUGGUGCCCACCUGGGCAGAGAGCCCCCGUGGGAGCAGAACUGUGUGUUAGCGAGGCUUGAUUAUUUCUAAAACCGCCAAAUAAAACCAUCGUUAAAAACCA